GUUGUCGCUUCAACUCCGAUUUUGUGUUGUCAAAAGUUUGUGUAUUUUUAAUUCUAGUUUUCGGCCAGUAAAACGAGUGUUUAAAUUAAUUUCUAAAAUGCAAUCACACGUGUUCAGUGUAAGGUGUUGACGGACAUAAUUUUCUACGGACUGGGACAAGUAUUAAGCGCCGUACAGUGGAAUUUCUAACUUUUAUUCGCGCCUUCUCGUAACGGAGACCGGCAGCCAUGUUGUAAAACAGUGCUGACAGGCAUCAUGGGUUAACGGAGCCGUGCUCGCGGACCGAAUUUCUGCAGAAAAAAGGGUUUUUCCUUAACGAAAAUCGUUGCAUCCCGUGAAUUAAUCUCGUUUUUUCGUCCGCCGAUAACGGUGAGCCGCCUGGUGCAGCGCUCGCGAUGAAUCUGCGCACGGAGUGAGUGCAACGUCGCGCUAGCUAGCGCAGGGAGUCGACUGCCUGAGCCUGAGCUAACCGACACCGAGAGCAUCCCCAAAUGCGGGAGGUGAACUGAAUCGGCCGAUUUCUGGAUACCGUCGAUCGCCCUUCGAUGUGGUACGAACUCGCGAAGUAGUUUUGGUACCCCCCUCUUCGUCGCGAUGGCCGAAUUUCUGGGCAAGGACCAGGCCACGUACUCGAAGGAACGGGACGGUUUCCUGAGGGACUUGCGGCAUUUCCACGAAACCAGAGGGACGUCGUUUAGAAGAUGCCCUACCCUUGGGGGCAACGAGGUCGACCUCUACCUCCUCUACAACCUGGUUACCUCCGAAGGAGGAUGGAUGAAGGUUAACUCGAAAAACAGCUGGUCUGAUUUUUUGCCUCAUUUUAAUGUGCCCACGAACACCGUCAAUGGAUCUGUAGCAUUGAAGCAGAUUUAUUUGAGGUACCUGGACCGAUGGGAGAAGGUGCACAACUUGGGCGACGAGGCGGAUCGGGCCAGCGACGACGACGAAGAAAGCCGGCACAAGAGGUUUUCUUCGCGUGCUCUUCACUCCGUGCCGCACUCCUACAACUAUUCGCAGCACAACGUAGCCGAAGACAGGCGGGAGUACAAUCAUAUGGACAUCAACCUCUACAAGCAAUCUGACUACGAUCGGCUGGCUCUGUCCCUUAUAUCACCGCUUCCUAACGAACAGGAUUUUGCCAUCAACGUGUGCACCUUACUGUCAAACGACAGCAGACAUACCUUGAAACUGGAGCGCCAUCCUAGGAUCAUCACCUACCUAUUGGCUCACGCAGGAAUUUUUAAUCACAGCUCUCUUCGAACUUUGUUCAUGCACUUCUAUGGUGACAUCCGUAAGAAACCUAUCCACAAUUUUUGGAGCGACGCUCUCGAAUCCGACGAAUUCCUCGAUCUCACCAACGAGUCCAAGUUCUACUCACCAACCAAAGAGGACACAAAACCUUGUGAUACCUUGGUAAAGGAAGACUUUCUCAAAUUCACCGGUGUCGAUACACUGGAAAGUGAUAAAACCUGCCAACCACCACCCAAAGAAACCAACGAUGAUGACGCCGAGUGUGAAAUCAUUGAAGACAGUCUUUCUUCGCCGAAGUAUUUUAAGUUUAAGACUAAUCCUGCGGAUGGGGAUUUGUUUUGUUUGAAACGAACUUUAGGUACUCAAGACUACGUUGGCCAGCGUGUGUUGCAGAUCGCGACUAUUCUACGAAAUCUCUGUUUCUUCGAAGAGAAUCUAUCAGUGUUAACUAAAAAUCACACGUUUAUUCGGUUUUUGUUAUUAUGCGCGAGUUCUCAAUGGAAUACUUUGAGAAAUCUAGGAUUAGAUAUGUUAGGAAACGUGGCUAAUGAACUCGAAUUGAAAGAUGCCAGCACUGAUCUUAUCGCAGCUUCAGUUUUCAAGAUUAUCAGUAAAAAUAUCCAGAGCGAUGAUAGGGCGUCCUGCUUGUCAUCAGUUGAAGUCCUUAACAAGCUUAGUCAAAACGAAAAGAACGAAGAUGUCCUUCUUAGAUCCUUGGAAUCGACUAUAUACAAAAAAGUAUGUUCCUUUCUCACCAUUCACGAUGUGAUGUUACUAAUCUACACCUUAGAGUGUCUAUAUUCUUUAUCGUCACUAGGAGAAAGAUCUUGUACGUUUAUCGCUAACAACCACGGUGUUAUAGACACGUUGGUCUCGUUGGUAACCGUCGAAGGUAAAAGUUACGGGCCUAAGGCUUGCAUAGGUAUGAAAUUGGUCGAGACUAUUCCUACGGGCACUCAGAUACAAGCAGGUCAGGCUCAGCCAUCGCCUCAAGCUAGUCCCGUUCCUCAACAGAUGUCGUCCCCGUCUACGUCUGUUCCACCCAAUCCGGCUAUCAACGCGAUUAAUAGUAGCAUGGUGGCUUCGCCCGCAGCGCCAUCUGUCACGCCUGUCAAGAUGAUCUCAUCGACGCCCGCUAGGAACGUGCCUAUGGCGCCGCAGAGAUUGCUAACAACGCAGAUGCAAGCGGUGCAGCCGAUGCCACAAGUGCAGCAGGUUCCGCAGCAAACGGUGACUGUUCAACAGCAACAGCAGCAUCCAGUGUCUGCGACUACACCAGUUAAGACAAUGACAACUAUGAUGACCACUCCAAGUAAACCAAUAGUUCCCACUGUUACAACCAGUACAUCUUCAGUAGCUCCUCCAGCAGUUAUACCAACACUAACUCCUCAACAAAUGAUUCAACAACAACAUGCUCAUCAACAGGCCAUUCACGAGAAUGAACAAUUUGCUUUGGCUUGGCUGCGGGCAACCUAUGAACCCUGUUUGGGGGAUAACAGAAUUGAUCACCAAGAAUUAUACAAACAGUAUCUCAAUUCCUGUUCAAAAAUCGGGCGACGGGGAGUUAUUUCACCAUUACAUUUUCCGAGAUGUGUCAGAUCAGUAUUUGGCGGUACCGUGGGCCCCAACCCGAUGAAACCGGCCAACCCGAGCGACCCCCAGUAUUACGAGGGCAUCAAGGUGCGCGCGCAACCGCUCAAACUGAACAUUCCCCCUCCUCCCACGCCCCCCAAGCCCCUUCCCGUCGUCCAGCCCGCUGUCGUUCCGUCCAAGCCGGCGGCGCGUCGACGGCUGCGCGUGGCCUCCAUCACCAAGGCGGCACCCGCGGCCGUUGUGCCGUUGGCCGUCGACGCCGACGCCGAGCUGGUCACGCACGUCAUCACCUCGCCCGCCUCCCCCAUCCUCAAGGCUCAGCUGAGCGCCCCCCCGAAGCAGCGGGAGGGGGGCGCGCCAGAUAGCAAGAGUCAGGCCGUCACACACCCCCACCUCAGCCAGGCGCUUUUGGGUAGUACCACCACCACAGCAAUGACCACUUCUGUGGCGAUAACAGGAGGGACGUCAUCUACCCCAGCUGUCAAACAGGAGAUUUCUGGUCAGCAAACGGUGGUUUCUGGUCAGCAACAGCAACAGCUGCACGGAGCGCAGAGUAACAGUAGUUCGUUGAUAAAAAGCCUGCUGGCCACAAAGGUAAACGAUAGUUGCAUGCCGGCGGUGAGCAUGAAGAGUGCGACGACAGACUGCCAAAACGUAGCCCAGGUGGCAGCUCGACAACAACGCCUCCUAGCCCAGCAAGGCCCCAGCUCCUCCGACACCAGCAACCCGCCGAAGAACCAAAGCCGCCUCGAGGCCCUGAAGAUGCACCGCAUCAACGGCGUGCGCCAGCUCUUCACCGAUAACGAGAUCGGCGAUCCCUCCGUCUCGUCCACCACGCAGUUCGUCAGCACGAUCAAGGGCAAAAAGGAACCGCCCCAGCCGCCGCCCCCGCCUUUAGCGCCGCUAAGUAACGCGAAAGGGACGGUAGCGAGGGCGACGCCUCCCGUGGCGAACGAGGACAGCGAUUCGUUGGGAAACCAUUCGCUGUCGUCGACGUCGGGACUGGGGGCGGUAGCGGUGGUGUCGUCGACGGAGGAUAACGACAAUUCGCUUACCAGCUUCGAAGGUCUGCUCAACGGCAUGCCCAUCGUCGAGGAGACCCUGAACGAGAGCAGCAGCAAUUCCAAAGAUUCUGUAAAAAAUUCCGCUAGUGAGAUAAGCAUAGACAAACCGUUACGGUUGGCCGACUUGCUGGAAAAGAAGUUCAACAAGACACCAACGACGCUAAUGAACGGCACGCUCGGUAAAGAUCUGAAACUGAAGACGGACAGGCAAGACUUGAUAGAAAACCACAUCGAGAAAGUGCUGAAGUGUGAACCUGCGGAGGUUAAGAUCGAAAUAGAAACGAUUGAGAUCAAAGAUGAAGUGGUGGAGAUUAUGGAUACUAGAGUUGACACGAAGCAAGGUAUCAAGCGCCACGCGACCGACCCGAUCGUCGACUCCGACGCCAAAAAACCGCAUUUGAGCAGUGCCACCAACGUCAACGGGUCGAACAGUGCCGCCGACUCGCCGGCCCCCGACUCCUCGAGCUCGAACGGCGAAGAGGGCCCCACCACCGUGUCCACGGCCGCGGCCAAGCUGUUCGCUGACAUCGCCGCUGAUAUUCUCGAGGACGAGGACGAAGAACAGCUGAUGCAGGAGGCGCAGGCGCCGACGAGGGUGGUGGACCAGAGUAUGGUGCAGCAGCAGAUCGUCGUCGAGAACAGUCAGCAGAUGGUGUUGGCGUCGCAGCCUCGGCAGAUCAUUGUAUCGCAGUCGCCGAUGGGUAGCGCCGCGCAGUCGGUGGUUAUCUCGUCAGGGACUCAGUUAAAAACGCAGACCGGUCAAACCGUGAUAGUACAAAACGCCGGCGUCCAACAACGACAAUCCGUACUUAUUCAGCCAAAUACAGGGCAGCUUCUGCUUUCCCAGGGGCUCCAGGGUCAAGUGCAAUUGGUCCCCGGGUCACAGCCAGGACAAUACGUCCUGCAAACUAAUCCAUCUCAAGGUUAUGUGGUGGCUCAAUCGCAAACCGCUGUCGUUCAUGGCCAACCUCAAACUGUCCUCGUGGCGCAACAGGGUCAAAAUGCCGGGGCCAAGACCAUUAUCAUUUUGCAACAACAACCUGCUAACUCUGCCACACACCACCAGAAGGUGAUGGUCACGCCCCAAGGACAGCAAGUCGUCGUUACUCAUGUUCCUAGACCAGUCGUACAUUCAUCUACGGUGUCGAAUAAUAAUGUCCAACAAACCAAGCCCAUAUCCAGACCUACGCCUUCGCCCUCCCCAGCACUUAGUACUACUUCAACGUCCUCGACAAUAAGCAACGGAGUAAAAGAGAAACAAGAAGACUUAACCCCCAAAGUUCGCAUAGCCAGGGAUUUGACUACGCCAUUCGUUUGCGAAUGGAACGAUUGUGUGAUUGAAACAAAGUUUAAGUCGCCCAACGAAGUUUACAUGCACGCAUGCGCCUCCCAUUGUCCCCAGGGCGACGAGGAAGUGAUCUGUCAAUGGGAUCGAUGUGAUAUGUUGAAGAGGAAGCGAUUCUCGUUGAUGACACAUCUUCACGACAAACACUGUAACAUUGAGGCAAUGAAACAAAGUUUGGUCAGGCGGAAGAAAGUGUCCCAAGGCUUGACGGUGGAAGCUCCCCCGCCUACCCCCUCUAAUCACCCGGGUUACGCCCCCGACGCCGCGCUACACGCUAUCAAAAGGCAUGCGCUGGAGUUUGUCAACCCCAAAGAGCUUCAGAUCAAAGCGACUAAGCAGGGCGUCUCUACAUCAAUAAAAGUCCUACCCCCACCUACAGAUCAGGAUGAUAACGAAGGACCAGUGACCAAAAGCAUCAGAUUGACUGCCUCACUUAUUCUGCGCAAUUUGGUUAUUUACAGUAGUAAUUGCAAGCGGUACUUAAAAUCGUAUGAGUCCCACCUGGCGAACAUCGCCCUGAGCAACGUGGAGUCGUCCAGAACGAUAGCCCAAAUUCUGUACGACAUCAACGACGGCGCGUCACCCAGGUGACCUGUUUCCGAAAAACGGGCGCGAAUGUGAAUUCUGUAUAGUUAGGUAGAUAAGGAAAAAAGUGUAAAUUAUUUAAUUAAAACAAAUAAAAAAGAUGUACAAAUGUUAGCUGUAGUAGGUUAAAAGCCUGUUGUUAUUUUUAUAUAAUUUACUAGGGUAAUCGAAAGGCUUCUGGACAAUUCAAGCUCUGAAACUGUCUUUUUACUUAUAUACAGGGUGGCAUAUUGUUCUGAAAAAAUACCUUCUCAGGUUUUUUAUUUGACAUUUUCAUUCCAAUGAUUUUAGUGUUUUUUUAGACUAUAAAUUGGACUGAAAAUCUUAAAACGCAAAACUCGAUAUGGAGUUUUAUCAGAACUGUUGGACACCCUGUAUAGAUUAUAUUCCUCGUGCAAUUUAUUUUCGCAGUUAGGAUAUCAUCAAGAAGGGAUCGAAAAAACGACUUUGUACAUACGUUUAGUGUAUUUUGGGAUACUUUUCCAUUUUACAUGUGAUAGAAAGAGAGAAGCACAUUUUUUUAAUCAGUAUUAUCUGAAAAAUGGAAGAAUUCGUACGUUGGCCUGUAAAUUACGUGCUUUAUUAUAUGUUAAUUCUUUUUUUACAAAAUGAAUAGUGUUAGUCUUCAAAUCCAGUGUCGAGAAUUUUAUUUCUUUAUUAUACUUAGGUAAUAUAAUUUUUGUAAACAAGAAUUAUUAUUGGUUUUUCUUAAAUUAUUUAUUUUACCGUGUGUUUGGAGUAAAAAUAACGUCACAUUAAGCGUAGAGAUAACUUACAUGUUUUACAGUUUUUUACACAACUUGUUCAAUAAAAGUUUUUUGAGAAUCUAAUUAGGUGUAUGAGGUGUACUUUCUUUUUUAAAUAUUUUUCACUUCCUAGCACCAAUGCUGCUAAUUUACUUAUUUUCAAUUAAAGUAGUUAUAUAUUUUGUGAUUCAACAUGAAAUUCCAAACAUGCUUUGUACAUAUUCUGUAACUUAAUUUAACCGUUUUUGAAAUAUAUGUAAUUUUAUGUUGACAACACAGAUUCAUUUACAGAUGAGGCACUUUUGUCUUGCUGAUAAACGCCGCCGUGAUCUCUAACCUUUAAUAGGACUAUGGUGUUGUCAGACUUAGUUUUUUUUCUCAAAUGCAUUGUUGCCUUUUGUAAAAAAUGUAUUUCCAAUUGAAAUAAUACUUAAUCUGUAGUACAGCUUUUUGUAGCCAUUCAUCAUACACAUGCGCUUUGUAUUCGGUCCCUUUAAAUAGGAUAUUUAAAGAGACUUAAUGAUAGCAUUCUUGUUUUAUAUAGUUUCUCUGUCUUACUGAUAAAUCUGUGUUAUUCUAUGUCGACAUUUGGCGAGCAGAAGCACAUUUUUCAGCACUUAUACUUUUUAGGUAAAUUCAUGUUCUCUGUCUUGUAGAGAAGGUUACACCCUAUUUACAUUUUCAUAACAAUUAAUUAAAUAUUAUACAGGAUGCUCAAAAAAAUAAAAAGUACAAAAAAUCGACUAUUUCAAGUGGAACUCCUAAUAUUGUUCUUUAUGAUAUUGUCUAUUCCUAAAUAGAACAGUUUUUGAAGUAUUUGCUAAGGUGCAGGUAUAAUAUUUUUUUUAAAACUAGACGUUACUGUCAAAAAUUUCGACUAUAGUAAAACUCGAUACAACAUGUUAUUUAUACACUUACUAUGACAUCAUUUUUAUUCAACCAUACUACAGUACAUGUAGUAAAACUAAUAUAAUUUAAACGUGGUGUAGUCUGCCAUAUUUUUAUUUUAACUUUGAUAAAGUUUAUAAUUUAAGAUUUAUGUAAGUUAAUUCUUGUUGAAUAUUCAAAUUAGAAGAAAAUAUGAAACCAAUUUACAUUAUAUUGACAAAUUUACAUAUAACUGAAAUACAGCAAAUUUUAAAUUAAAUUGUUAUUAUAUUUAUUUACUAUUGUUAAGACCACUAUAUAUAAGAGGUGGCAUAGUCUGUACAACGCUCGUUCAACGUUACGUCAUCAUUAUCUAAUAUCAGCUCUAGUGUAUCUGAGAUUAUGCAAUAUGAUCGAAAAAAAAAUGGCGCCGGCGAUGGCUAUGAAAUGAAGAUCGUUGCCAUGUGUAAAAUUAUAUGAUUAUUAUUUGUCAACAAGAUUGUAACCACAAAUGUGAUGUGACAAUUACUGGGAACAACCGUGUCGUGAUAUACAGUCUAUUUCAUCCCGUUUUUACUUGACAGAAAGGUAACGUUGGACGUUGGUUGUAUAGAUUUGAAAUGUAUAUAAAGUCUGUCCUACGAGUCAGGAAAGAUUUUGACAAUCCGAAAAGCAACAUAAAAUACAAUUUAAUUUUGAAUGCCUGUCAUUUUUAGGUAUCCUCUCGCUGGACAGACUACUGUAUGUUUUUUGCUUAGGUUGUCUAAUUUUGAUAAUUUAUAUAAAUGAAAAAAAAAAUUUUUUUCUUGUUGUACUUUGAAUAAAACUAUGAAUAGUUGCUUUUUAUAUUAUACAAACUUUCUACAUUCUAAUUUACAGGCCAGGUUAUGUAAUUUUGUUAUUUUCGAGCGAGGUACAGAAUCUCUAACCGACUGAGUUUCUUUUAUAUGUGCGUGCACAUGACUUCGAUUUCAUAUGUGCUUAGCAUAUCCAUUUUAACCAUUAAACCUGUAAAAUAUUACAAAUAUUAUCGAUGAAAAUAAACUGCAUUUAAUGUGUGUCUGUUUUUA